UGCUUUCUUGUUAUUCCCAUCAUCAUUAUCAUCAUCUUCAUCUUAUACCUUGCUUUUGCUCCUUCGGCCAACCUCUUAACCAACAAGAGCAACAAACCAAAGUGUUGUAUAACUUGUCUGUUGGUUUGGCCAAAAUGUUGAACGGACUCAAAGUGCCAAGUCAAACGAUGUAGAAGAAAAUGAAAGAUAUUUUACCAAUACUUCUGAUUAAUCUAUGAAAUUGUUUUCCAAUUUAAAUCCAUAUUCAUCAUGUUGGUUAAUUUUUGAUUUACGAUAGUUUGUUGAUUCCAUCAACAAAAAUACUUUACUCCAAUUGUUAAGGAAUCUUUUAUAACAGGUCAUCUAAUGGUUAACCUUACCAUCAGCUUAACAUCAUCCAUUUUUUAUCGUUAUCCUCAUCUUUAUCAUUGUUGUAAACGGUGACUUCAAUUAGGCCAACGGGUUAAUCUAAAUUAUAAGCGAACAGUUUUAAUUUAUUUUUGGUUUGUCUUCAUUUCUUUUGAUUUCAAUUGUUUGUUUGUUCCCAUUAUGGUUCUGUCAAAUUUUGUGUCAACUUUAACCACCAUUGUGAUACUAUUUCUGGUCUUGCCAAGUCAUGCAAAUAAACCACCGACUUUCAUCAAAAAUCUUGACCUUUCUGUGGUAAACGAAAAUAGUCCGAUUGGUUCGGUCAUUGGAACCCUCCAGGCUUACGAUCCAGAAAAUUCAAGUUUAUCUUAUGGUCUUGAAGGGACUUCCUUGUUUUCCGUUAAUCCAGUCACAGGCUCAGUUUCAGUUGCCCAAUCUAUUGACCGAGAAUCUUUAGGUGGCUCGGUUAAAUUCAAUGUUUACGUAGAGGAUAUUGUACCUAAAGGUGGCCGAGUUGAUCAGUUCAACAGCAAUAAUCGUGUUCGUGUUCCAAUCACCAUUUUCAUUAUCGAUGAAAACGAUAAUGCACCUCGUUUUGACUUGGAAGGAUCACCAACCAAACAAAAUAAUGUAAUCACUGUAAAUAUAAGUGAAGACUCGCCACCAGGAACAUUGGUUGUUGAUAGGUUGACAGCAAGAGACAUUGACUUGGUUGGAUCAAUUUUACGAGUAUCUUGUAAAAAUUGUCCUCCCCAUUUCACUGUUAAUCUGCUCAAUGAAGCGACUACUAAUUUGAUCAGUUUCUCUGUUGCUUUGAUAAAACCAAUCUCAUACCGACCCAAUAUGGAACCCAUUGAGUUAUCCUUAACAGUAAGUGAUGGGUCACACAGUUCAGCUCUUAUUGUGCAAGUGAUGGUCACCAAUGUUCAAAAUAAACCACCAGUUUUCGUAGGAUCUAAUACAGCGGUCAUUUCAGAAGACAUUCCAAUUGGUUCUCUUGUGAUGACGUUACGAGCCAUUGAUGGAGAUUCAUUAUCGGUUGAAGCAUACCGAUCAGGUGUUGAUUCAUUGAACUCUAAUGAUAUUAAUCAACGAGGACGUCCAGUUGUUUAUGAAUUGUUGACAAAUCCAAUGGAAUGUUUCAAGUUAGAUUUGAAAACUGGUCAAUUAAGAAUAGCCAAUAAAUUAGAUAAGGAAGCUUUUCCCUCUACCAAUGGUGUAAUAAGUUUAAAAGUAAAGGCCAUUGAAGUUGAUUCUAUUGAUUUACCUUAUAACAACCGAGACGAUCCUCUGGCAGUAUCCAUUGCUUCAGUCACAAUUACUUUACAAGAUGUAAAUGAUGAAGCACCGAAGUUUAAUCGCCAUGAAUAUCAAGUUACAAUUCCUGAAGGUGUUCCAAAUGGUACUCCAUUAGCAUCGCUUGAUAUGUUAGUUGAAGAUCGUGAUACGGGAUCCAAUUCAGUUUUUAAUAUUGCCUUGGAUGAUGCAUCAGGUAUUUUUUCCGUAGAGCCUCCAUUGGCCACAGGAUCAUCAUCAAUUUCAAUUAAAGUUGCCAAAGGUCCACUUGACUAUGAAAAUCCAAAUCAACGUAAAUUUAUUUUACUUGUUACGGCAACAGAAGCUUUCACUAAAGAAAGAUUAUCAUCAACCUCUACAGUAACUGUUAUGAUCGAGGAUGUCAACGAUAAUCAGCCAAUAUUUGAAGAGGAAAUGUACACUGGAACCGUUCUUGAAGAUGCUUUAGCUGGAACAAUUAUACGUACUAUAAAAGCAACUGAUCGAGAUUCGGCCAAGAUUACUUCAUUAACUUAUUCUUUGUUUGGUAAUGGUGCUCAUUUGUUUUCGGUUCAUCCUACAACUGGUGUAAUUACUGUAGCUGAAUGUGAUACACCUGGUCGAGGAAACUGUAUUGAUUACGAGACUCGUUCAUCGUACUAUUUAUCAUAUCAAGCAAAUGAUGGCUUUGGUCAAACAGCUGUGGUGCCAUUGAAAAUCAAUGUAAUGGAUUCAAAUGACAAUCCACCUGUUUUCCUACGAGAUAAAUACACUGCCAUCAUCGAUGAAGGUUCAACUAAAUUUGAACCUCCUUUACGAGUUAAAGCCCGUGAUCCUGAUUUUACAUCAGUCAUAACAUAUUCCUUGCUAUCCGGUAAUUCGGAGAGAUUAUUCUCAAUUGAACCUCGUCUAGGUGAGAUUAAGGUUAAUCAAGAGGUACGAUCCAAGGAAGAAAGGAUCAUCCUUAAAGUUCAAGCAAGUGAUGGUGGAAAAGGAUUGGCCACAGCUGACGUUGAAAUAACAGUUAGAGAUGCCAACGAUAACGCACCAGUUUUCGAGAAGGAAUCAUAUACAGCAUCAAUCUCUGAAUCAGCUGAGCCUGGUACUGUUGUAGAUCGUGUAACAGCCACUGAUGCUGAUUCUGGGUUAAAUGCCGAGAUUAAUUAUGCCAUCGAAAAAGGUUCUUUUGAUGCCUUCACCAUCGACCCAGCAACUGGUUUUGUUUCAGUUUCAAAUUCCUCUAUUUUGGAUUAUGACCGUAAACCAACUUAUACUAUUGAUAUAAUCGCUGUUGACUUAGGUGUUCCUUCUAGAACUGGAACAACUCAAUUGACUGUAAACUUGAUCAAUGAUAACGAUAAAUCUCCAUACUUUUAUCCAACAACUCAAAGAUGUCAAGUUAAUGAAGCAACACCUCCUGGAACUCGAAUCCAUCGAUUAAAUGCUACUGAUCCUGAUGCUGAUUCAGCAGCUUCACUUAUCUAUCAUAUUGAAACUGUCCAAGGUGUGGACAAAAAUGGACUUAGAAUACGUCCUCAUGACCAAAACAUGUAUGAGGUGGAAAAGUUUUUCACUAUUGACAGUGAUGGUUACAUCGUUGUCGGAUCUAAAUUGAAUCGUGAUUUGGCAACAGUGGUUACUCUAAACGUUAGCGUUACUGACAUUUCUUCAUCUACCCCAACCUCACAAAUUGGUUUUGGUAAUAUAAUUGUUACUCUAAUUGAUCAUAAUGAUUCUCCACCAACUUUCAGUCUUCCUUGGACACCUACUCGAACUGAGAUGACCUUUUCAAUUGUUGAGGAGGUUCCCAGUGGUACAGUUGUUGCAAGUUUAUUAGCAACCGAUUUAGAGUCAAAAAUCGCUAAUUACACUAUUAAGCCUGAAAGUGAAUAUUUUGAGAUCAAUGGUGACUCCGGAGUGUUAACUAUCAAAAAGUCGAUAGAUUUUGAAAAACUACCAUUGUUCAGUAUAGAUCCUGAUACUGACUCUCAAAUUAAUCAUGAUCCAAAUGAUGCUUCCCUUCCACUUAGAUUUACUGUGUACGCUUAUGACUCAGGAAUACCAGUUUUAUCAGCAACUGCAAAAGUAACAGUUAAUGUGAUAAAUAUUAACGACAAUGAGCCACAAUUUGAUGUACCAUUUUAUAACACAACAGUUCCUGAAGAUAGUCCAUCAGGUUCUGUGGUGCUUAAAGUGACUGCAGUUGAUCGUGAUCGUGGUAAAUUUGGUAAAAUUGCAUAUUCUAUAAUAAGUCAAAGUGGAUCAUCACCAGUGUCAAAUGUGGAUUCUAGUGUCAAUUCAGACUAUUUCAUCAUUGACUCAGAAACUGGAGUGAUAAAAGUUGCUCCAGGUGCAAUAUUGGACCGAGAAAAAGGCUUUCGGGAAAUAAUAGUGCAAGUUGCCGCUACAGAUAACCCUAUUGAUGGUUCAGAGUCGACUGAUAUUGAUGGUUCGCGUCAAAAUACUCACAAUAGAUUCCUUUCAAUUCCAGUUUACAUACGAAUAAAAGAUGUCAAUGACAAUUCCCCAACUUUCACCUCUCGUGAUUAUGAAGGUUCAAUAUUUGGACAUUUUGAUGGUUCUCCUUCAUUGAAUCGUAUUCCUGUUCUUCAAGUAAGUGCUGUUGAUCCUGAUGAAGGAAUUAAUGGUCAAGUAGCUUAUAGAAUCGUAUCUGGCAAUACUCGAAAUGUUUUUGACAUUGAUCGAGCAACUGGAAUGAUUUAUGCAGUCAAAUCACCUCUCGAAGUUAAUGGUAACGUUAAAGAAUACAAAUUGCGAAUUGAAGCUCGAGAUCAAUCUGGUUCAGGACCAUUUUUCGACGAAACACAUGUCAAGAUCAAAGUUAUUGAAAUGAAUCGACACAAGCCUAAGUUUAUUAUUCCUUCAAGCCCAACAAUUGCCUUUUUGGAAAACCAAAAACCAGGAACAAAAGUAAUCCGAGUUGAGGCUUAUGAUGAAGAUAACGGCCAUAACGGAGUUGUUCGUUAUUCAUUUAAAAAGGAUGCUUCAACUAAUGUACAAGAAACUGAUGAAUUCCGUAUUGAUUCCGAUUCGGGUUUGAUAACUUCUAAAAUAUCCUUUGACAGAGAACAACAUGAUUCAUAUGAAUUAGUCUUAUCAGUUGUAGAUUAUAUGGGAGAGCCUCAGUCAUUUGAAAAUCUUCAAAAGCUAACAGUGAAAAUUAAAGACAUGGAUGACAAUAAACCUGAAUUUACUCGCCAUAGUAAUACUGAUGAAACAUACUUAUUUACCAUUCCAGAAAAUCAGCCCAGAGGAAGUUUAAUUGGUAAACUAUUAGCCAUUGACCGAGAUGUAAUAGAUAAACGAAUCUAUUAUUAUAUUGUUGGAACUAAUGGAGCUCCAGGAGAGUUUCACAUUGAUCGAUCUACUGGGCAGCUUUUUAGUAAUAUCUCGUUUGACCGUGAAGUUCAACAAGACUAUUAUCUGGUAAUCAAAGCUUCUUCAAGUCCUGAUUUAUCCUUUAGCGAUGUUUCUUCACCAAACGAGCUAUUACCAUCAUAUAGUGAAUUCAAUUCAUUGUUGAAUCGCUCUGGUGAUCUUCGCAAAGUUGCAGAUAAAGAAUCUAUAAAAUCUCGCCUUUACGACCCAGAUGAUUUAUCUUUAGCACUGGUCCAUGUGAUAAUUAGUGAUUUAAAUGAUAAUAAACCCACCUUCAGCAAACCCAUCUAUCGAGCUGGAAUAAAUCAUCGUGCUGAAAUUGGUCGAGCUUUAUCAGUUUCAAUUAAAGCUUUUGAUCCUGACCAAGGAGUAAAUUCAAGUCUUGUUUACACAAUUUCAUCAAUUGAUUUGUAUCGUAAAGGUUAUGAUUCGCCUGAUACUCCUGUUCGUCCAAUUCCAUCUCCGUUUACAAUUGAUGCUGAAUCAGGUAAAAUAGUAACUGCUCAUUUAAUGGCUCAAUAUUCAGUUGGAUCAAGAUUUAUACUUCAUCUCGAAGCUCGUGAAAAAGCAUCACCUCAUAGGACAGCAACAUCAAAAGUUUACCUUUGGGUUUACGAUGAGUCAAAGUUAAUCAAAGUAACUAUUCGCAUGAAACCCGAGGCAAUAAAUGCUCGUAAAGAUGAAAUUGAAGAGCUGCUAUGCAAUGCAACUGAUUCACGUACAAUAAUCAAUGAUAUAAGGUAUCAUUAUAGCUCAAAAAUUGGUCGUCCAGUCAAAAUAUGGUCCGAUGUUUAUGCUCUUGUUGUUGAUGACAGAACCUACACAAACUUAAGCCCUUCACGAAUAAUAGCCAAAUUAGAUUCGCGAGCCGAUUUAUUAUCUAGUGAAAAUCAAAUAAUGAUUGAAGAAAUAUCAUUAGCAGGAUCAUCUGGCCAAUCUAGAUCAUCCUUCCUUUAUUCAGAUAUUGAAGAUAUGGAUUUAAUUUCAAUAGUUUUAAUGGUUCUUGUCCUUUUAUUGAUUGUUGGGUUCCUUUCAAUGGCUGUUGGUUGUUGCUGCCUAAGAACCUGGUAUCAUCAUAAAUUAAUUGAAUCAGCGUCAAAAGCAGCUUACAAAGCCAAGGUUUCUGCUAUGAAAGGUCUUAACAAUGUAAAUAAUCAAAACCAAGCACCAGAAUCACCUCAAAGUGUCCACGGAAGUAGCCUUCACUUAGCUCCUGGACUAUCCGGCCAAGAAACAGCUAAAUCAAGAUGGAGAAAACCAAAAAGCGUUUCCAAUGCUGAUAAGAGACAACAAGUUCCAACCAAUAAUGCAACUAACACGGGCAAUCGAACAUCAGCCAAAGAAAAUCCUUUAUGGUCUGAGACAGGCUUCAAGCUUUACGAAGAACAGGAAUUAUCUUAUCGAGUUGGUCCUUCAAUAGGUUUAGGUUCAAUUUACGAUGGUUUACCAGAGACAACCUCGAUUUCAACUGCUAAUCUAUUACCAGAAACUGAAUCCAACCAUUACACAUCACUCGCAGCUACUUUACGAACUCGUGUUCGACAGCGUGUACCACCAAUCCCGACAGUAACAGCACCAGCAACAAAUUCAUCCGAAGCUCAUGAAUACCAUGAGUUGGGAGCAAAUCAUCAUAACUCACCAGAUAAUAACGACACUUCAGGUUUAGUUGAAGGGGAAGUCAGUCAAUUCGAACCUCAGAGGUUGGGUCAUCUAUUGUAAUCAUUUAUUGUAAAUAACACAAUUUAGUUAAUGAAA